GAAGGAAGAAUUCUUUUCCAAGUAACCCCAAUUCCUCUCACUAUUAUUUGCCUUUUUAAUUUUCCUUUUCAAAAGGCUCAUGUUUUAUCUAUCCAGCUAAAAAAAUGGGGAGAUUGAGGUGGACUGGAGUUUCCCCAAAAUCUAUAAUUCAAAUUGCUUUGUCAUGGCGUUCGUUCUCUACAAAUUCAACACAUGUUUCAGAAUAUUUGUUGCCUACAUUACUUAGAAAUCGAUCUUUGUACAGUUGCAGUUUUAUUGGUAAACCUAAUAGUUCUUCGACUAGGAGAUUUCCACCAUUGAAGCAUUUUUUCCAUUCCACCGGAACUUGUUAUUCUCCAGAACGAGAUUACUAUGAAAUUCUUGGCGUAACUAGAGAUUCUAGUCGAGAUGAGAUCAAGAAAGCUUUUCAUGUGCUUGCAAAAAAAUACCACCCAGAUGCCAAUAAGAAUAAUCCAUCUGCAAAGAGGAAAUUUCAAGAUAUAAGAGAUGCCUAUGAGAUUCUGCAAGAUCCACAAAAGAGAGCACAAUAUGACAUGAUGAAGGAGCAACCUAGCAACACAGAGGAUAUAAAUUAUAAUUAUGGGAAUGGCAAUGAUUUUAGAUAUUCUUAUAAAACACAAUUCUCUGAUUCGUUUCAGAAAAUAUUUUCUGAGAUAUUUGAAAAUGAGGCUGAAAAUAUGACGCAAGACAUUCAGGUGGAGCUUUCUCUCUCUUUUUCUGAAGCUGCUAAAGGAUGCACAAAACAUCUUUCAUUUGAUGCAGAUGUUCCAUGUGAUUCUUGCAAUGGUACGGGCUAUCCAUUGAAUUCCAAGCCAAGAGAAUGUCCAACUUGUCAAGGAAUUGGGAGAGUUACAAUCCCUCCAUUUACAGCAACUUGCAGUACCUGUAAAGGAUCUGGAAGAGUCAUUAAGGAACGUUGUAGGGCAUGCAAAGCAUCAGGAGUCGUUGAAGCCAUUAAAGACGUUAAAGUAACUAUACCCGCUGGUGUUGACUCUGGUGAUACUAUUCGUGUGCCAAAAGCUGGUCAUGCUGGCAGGCGAGGGAUGCAACCAGGCAGCCUAUUUAUAAAGCUAAAGGUUGCUAAAGAUCCUCUUUUUGCUAGAGAAGGAGCUGACCUUUAUGUGGAUUAUCAUAUCAGCUUUACAAAACUUCUGUCUCCAACAGUGCCAUCACCAGAUUUAAGCAUUGAUCAACAUACUGAAGAAUGUGACUUCAAAAUUUCAUCCCAGUACAGUUGACAACAAUUAGAGAUUGUUGAGUUUUUCUCCUGAUCAUUAAAAGGCGAUAUAUUAAAAGACAGAACGACAGCAUUAAGGAAGUGCUGUAAAUAUUUACAGGUAAAGGGAAAGCUACUAUACAGAUUGUUUAGUGAGCUCGAUAAGUCUAUCAUGGCUUCUUUGUCAUUUGCAAUAGCCAGAUUACACCAAAAAAGCUAUAGAGGAUUUGUUCCAUAUGGACCACCAAAUAGCUGUAGGAAAUGAAUUCCAUAUUUUCAGUUUAGUCUUUCCCAGAGGCCAGAACCAACACCUUUCUAUCUCGCCUCUGAGGUAGUGGUAUGUUGUUCCUGUAGUAGCCUUUGCCAGGCCUUUUUUUUUUUUUGAUGAAGUAAUAAGAAAUUUCGUUGCUGGCAUCAGAAGAUGACAGUACGUUGUUAGCUCAAAUACGGAAAAGACUAAACUAGUACCAGGGAAUUAACAAAGUUCAACGAGUUAUCUGGGGAAUCUAUGGGUGAAAGGUUAUGCCAACUAUAUAGAUACAAAAGAAGGGCUGUCCUGACUGACGAAGCUUUACAGAUUUGCUCAAGGUGUUUCAUGUGUGGUUUAACAGUUAAGAUCAAUGCUCACCUCUUCUUACACUUUAAAACAGCUGCGAAUUUGUGGAACAUGUUCUUUUGUAUACUAGGGGUGAACAGGGUAAUGCCUAGGACUACUUUGGAGCUGCUGAAAUGCUGGAAUGGAGUUGGGAGAAGAGGAUCCACUGAAGAUUGGUGGAAGCGUUUACCAGCAUGCAUAUGGUGGACCCUAUGGAAGGAACAAAUCUGGAGGUGCUUUGAGGGUAGUGUUAACAAUAUUCAGAAGACUAGGGUUAAAUGUCUUAGUCUUCUUUUUUUGUUUUGGGUGUAAACAGGAUGGGGUGAGGGAUACUGAACAACUAGUUGAUUUCAUAGGAAAUCUGUAAAUCUAUAGCUUUCUGUGGACUGUAAUCCCACCCAGUAUGGAUUGUAAUCUAUGUUGCGCGGACUCUUCGGUUUUACUGUCGAAUCCGUCUCGACACGAGACUGACGUGGGUGCGGGUUCUUCCGCCGUCUCGGAUUCGGUCAAACGAUUUUGGAUGCAUUGACCAAAUUCAAGAAAAGGGAAAACAUUGGAUAAGAGACCGGCAACUUACCUGAAAAAAGUCCGACCGAUGACUGUUAAGUUGACAAACAAAUCCAAUUUUCAGUUGUCGAUGUGCUUGGGAAGAAAUAGAGGCAUGUCGGUUGUCAGCUGGGGAAGAAACAGAGACGACAUUGUCGGCUGGGGAAGAAGCUACUAAUGAUGAUGACUGAGGUGAGAAGAAACAAUAGACGACGUUGUCUUCCGAAGAAUCAGUCUUUCUAUUUAUUCCUCGACAUAUAAAAAGAAACAUGUCGGCUGUGUCUUUAUAUUUUUUAAUUCUUUUUGAGAAGAAUAUAUAUAUAUUUUUUAAUUCUCUAUAAUGUAAACAAUCAAUAAUGUAAAAACAAUCAAUAUAUAGUAAAAUAAUAUUUUGACAGCAGUUAUCCUAGUGUUGAAAAAGUACUCCUAAUUAUACAAAAGUUUUUUUUUGGGUAAAUAUACGUAAGUUAAAGAAAUUCCUAAUACUAAUACUACUCCUAAUUGAAAAGUAAAACCAAUGGCAAAAGUAACAAAAAAUAGUAAAGUAACUAGAAACUAAUUCUAAUCCCUGUGUGUCAAGGAAAAAUAAAUUGGUUUAAAAUUGGGAAAAGUAUUAAAUUGUUCUCAUCAAUAACAUUAUAAAUAGAACCUCUGUCAAAAAAUUUUUAACCUAAAAAACUCUGUCAUUCUUUAUCAAAUAAUAUGGCAUCAUCUGCAUUGGGUAGUCAAAAGGGAAAGGGUCCUAUGAGACUAGCAAAAAGUGUAGGAGUAGAUUUUGAUGCCGAGGUAGUAUAGAAUCAUGUAAAAACUAAUUUCAACUGCUCCCAAUGGUGGUGGAAAUAGACAUGGUCAUGUAACUAUUGCAAUAAACAAGUUACUAGAUCAUAUAAUAGAGUUAAAACAUAUCUCUUAAGAUUAUCAGGCCAUGGAGUUCAAAUAUGCAGCGAAGUUCAAGGUGAUACAUUAAGGACUUUGAAGAUGGAGCACAAACAAGCUGAAAAGAAAAAAUCUUUUGUUCAAGUUGAUGCAAGAAAAAAAGCUGAUUAUAUAUCUCUUCUAGAGGACAUUGAUUUACUUCAACAUAAAAAAAAGAAAGAGUUCAGAAAGUGGAUCUAUAGGAAAAUCUUUCAGCAUCCAUAAGAGGAAUACUGUUCACAAAUUAGUAGCUAGAAUGUUCUACGCAUCAGGUUUAUCGUUCAAUUUUGCAAAUUCUCCAUAUUUUAAAAAAUAUUCAAAGUUUUUAGCUAAAAAUUUCAUUCCCGGGUUAUAUUCCCCCAUCAUAUAAUAGGUUGAGAACAAUUCUUUUGGCUCAAGAAAAAAGACUCACAUUGAUAUGAAGUUGCAAUCAAUUAAAGAUACAUGAAAAAGAAAGGGUUGUCAAUUUGUUCAGGCGGAUGGCCUGACGCUAAAAGACGACCUUUGAUCAAUAUAUUGGCAUCAUCUAGUGAGGGUCCAAUGUUUUUAAAUUUAAUAAAUUCUAGUGGGAUCACGAAGGAUGGAAAAUAUAUUGCUAAUUUUUUUUAUUGAAGUAAUAGAAAAGGUAGGUCCAAAUAAUGUUGUUCAAGUUAUUACAGGUAACACAAGUAAUAUAAAACUUGCCGGUUCUAUGGUGGAGGAAAAUUUCCUCAUAUAUUUUGGACUCGUUGUGUUAUUCAUUAUUUGAAUCUAGCUUUGAAAAGUAUGUGAGAAUAAAUCGUCUCAUUUUUCUAAUUGCAAAUGGAUCUUAGAGUUACUUAGUGAAGUGAGUAAUUUGAAGAACUUUAUUGUGAAUCAUGAUUUGGCACAUGCGAUUUUUCAAAAGCAUUCAGAUUUGUGUUUAUUGAAAGUUAUUGAAACAAGAUUAGCCUCAUACAUUAUUAUGAUGACCGUGUUCGCAAAGUGAAGUCUUCUAUUGAGAAGAUGGUCAUGGAUGAUGAAUGGAAGAAUUUUAUGGGGGAUAAGGGGGAUGGAAGCCAAAACUCGUGGAUUAAAAUUCUUUAUAAUGAAUGAUGAGAAGUGGAAUAGUAUUGACUACUUUUUGAAAUUUACGGGACCUAUUGUAGAUAUGCUUAGAGAUGCUGAUAAGGUGAUCCGAAAUUAUAUCUCAUUUAUAAUAUGUGGGCUCAAUGAUUGAGAAUGUUAAGAAAAUAAUCUUUGAGCAUCAGGAGGAAGAUCUCAUUUUAGAAUACCCUUAUAACUCUAUAUUAUGAAUAUUUGUUUUUUUUAGGCGAAUCCUCACACCCGUAUCCAUACUCGAAUUUGAACCGCCGAAUCUUAAAAUUUAAAUUUUGACGAAUCCGACUCUUGGAUCCACACCCAUCUCGGAUACCGACACUCGUCUAAAAAUCGGCUAUUGAACAAAAACAAGAAAAUCUUAAGACAUUAAUUGAAAACUAACAAAACAAAAAGUAUUGUCCACUAUCAAGUUACCUAAGUUAGCUACUCUUCUGCACCUUCUUCAACUUCUUCCAAUUCUUCCUCAAAGACCACACUUUCCAAUUGAGGUUCAUCUAUCGAUAGCUCAGUUAAACUAUUAAUUGUCUCAUCGACAUCGAGUUGAUUUCCACUUAAAAUAAAUUAAAAAGAACAAAUAUAUAAGAAGGUUUUGCAAAUUAAAUAAUUGAGGAAAAUAAUAAAGAAAAUGUAGAAAUACCUACAUCCCAAUACUUGCUCGGCCCAUUUAUAUAUUUCUCUUUCUUGCGAGAUAGCAACUGUAGAUUAUAAUAUACAAACACUAAAUCUUCGACUCUUGAAGCUGCUAACUUAUCUCUCUUGAUGUUGUGAAUCAAAGAAUACGUGCUCUAAUUUCUUUCAAAGUUAGAGGAAGAAGCGGGUUGAGUAAGCAACUUGAAAGCUAAUUGUUGCAAAAGUGGAGUUGAGACACCAUGAUUUGCCCACCAAGAAAAAGGAUCUUCAUAAAUCAUAGCUUUAAUCACAUGAGGCUCACCAAAAUAAUCACCCCUGCUAAUGAGACUUGUUUCAUGUCAUUAGAAUCUGUAAAGUACCUUUGAAAGCACGUGAUUCUAUUCGAUGAAAUUUCUAUAUCUUUAUUGGGAGCUAGCCGUUGAAUCCCACUUUCUUUUUGAAGCCAUGAUUCAUGAUUGUAUUUGGGAACCAAAGAAUGUGUUAUACAAUGUAGAUGGGUAUUGCUUUUGUUCCACCUAGCCACAACAAUACCGUAAAUAGAAUAAAAAAAGUUUGAUUGGCCAAAAAUGAGAUCUUCCCACUCAUACUCAAAGAUUAUUUUCUUAACCUUCUCAAUCAUUGAGCCCCACAUAUCAUAAAUGAGAUGUAAUUUCGGAUCAAUUAAAUCAGCAUCUCUAAGCAUAUCUACAAUAGUUUCCGUAAAUUUCAAAAAGUAGUCAAAUACUAUUUCGUUUCUUAUCAUUCAUUAUAAAGGAUUUUAUUUCACGAGUUAUGGCUUCAAUUCCCUUAUCCCCUUGUAAUUCUUCCAUUCAUCAUCCAUGGCCGUCUUCUCUAAAGACGACUUCACUUUGCGAACACGGCCGUCACAAUAAUAUAUGAGGCUAAUCUUGUUUCAACAACUUUCAAUAAACACAAAUCUGAAUGCUUUUGAAAAAUCGCAUGUGCCAAGUCAUGAUUCACAACAAAGUUCUUCAAAUUACCCACUUCACUAAGUAACUCUAAGAUCCAUUUGCAAUUAGUAAAGUGAGACGAUUUAUUGGCACAUACUUUUCAAAGCUAGAUUCAAAUAAUGAAUAACACAAGGAGUCCAAAAUAUACGAGGAAAUUUCUCCUCCACCAUAGAACCGACAAGUUUCAUAUUACUUGUUUUAUCCGUAAUAACUUGACAACAUUAUUUGGACCUACCUUUUCUAUUGCUUCAAUAAAUAAAUUAGCAAUAUAUUCUCUAUCUUUCGUGAUUCCAUUAGAAUUUAUUGAAUUUAAAAACAUUGGAUCCCCACUAGAUGAUGCUAAUAUAUUGAUCAAAGGUCGUCUUUUAGUGUCGAACCAUCCGUCUGAACAAAUCGACAACCUUUUCUUUUUCCAUGUAUCUUUAAUUGAUUGCAACUUUCUAUCAAUGUGAGUCUCUUUUCUUGAGCUAAAAGAGUUGUUCUCAACCUAUUAUAUGACAGCGGAAUAUAACCGGGAAUGAAAUUUUCAGCUAAAAACUUUGAAUAUUUUUUAAAGUAUGGAGAAUUUGCAAAAUUGAACGAUAAACUUGAUGUGUAAAACAUUCUAGCUACUAAUUUGUCAGCAGUAUGCCGAAAGAUUUUCCUAUAGCUCCACUUUGUCAACUCUUUCUUUUUUUAUGUUGAAGAAAUCAGUGCCCUCUGGAAGAGAUAUAUAAUCAAUUUUUUUUCUUGCAUCAACUUGAACUAAUGAUUUUUUCUUUUCAGCUUGUUCGUGUUCCAUUUUCAAAGUCCUUAAUGUAUCACCUUGAACUUCGCUACAUAUUUGAACUCAAUGGCGUGAUAAUUUUAAGAGAUGUGCUUUAACUCUAUAUAUGAUCUAGUAUCUUGUUUUGCAAUACACGGACAAUAUUCUAUUUCCACCACCACUGGGAACAGUUGAAAUUAGUUUUACAUGAUUCCAUACUGCCUUGCCAUCAAAAUCUACUCCUACACUUUUUGUUGGUCUCAUAGGACCCUUUCCCUUUUGACUACUCGAUGCAGAUGAUGCCAUAUUAUUUGAUAAAGAAUGAUCGAGUUUUUUAGGUUAAAUUUUUUUUUUGACAGAGGUUCUAUUUAUAAUGUUAUUGAUGAGGACAAUUUGAUACUUUUCCCAAUUUAUUUUUCCUUGACACAUAGGGAUUAGUUGAUAGUUACUUUACUAUUUUUAGUUACUUUUGCCAUUGGUUUUACUUUUCAAUUAGGAUUAGUAUUAAGAAUUUCUUUAACUUACGUAUGUUUACCAAAAAAAAACUUUUGUAUAAUUGGGAGUACUUUUUCAACGCUAGGAUAACUGCUGUCAAAAUAUUAUUUUACUAUAUAUUGAUUGUUUUUUACAUUAUAGAGAAUUAAAAAAUAUAAAGACAUAGGCGACAUGUUUCUUUUUCUUUGCUAAAGAAUAAAUAUAAAGAUUGGUUCUUCGGAAGACGACAACAUCUACUGUUUCUUCCCUAGCCGACAACUGACAUGUCUCUGUUCUUCCCAAGCACAUCGACAACUGAAAAUUGAUUUUUUUUGUCAACUUUACAGUCGUCGAUCGGACUUUUUCCAGGUAAAUUGUCGGUCUAUUGUCCAAUUAAUCCCCUCAAGUUUCUUCUUGAAUUUGGUCAACAUAUCAGAAAUCGUUUGAUCGAAUCUGAGAUGACGGUAGCACCCAUACCCGUGUCGAGAUGGGUUCGGUGGCAAAACUGAUGAGUCCACACAACAUAGGUAUCCAUACUCGGAUUUGCACCCCCGAAUCGUUAAAUUUAAAUUUUCCUAAAUCUGACUCUUGGAUCCGCACUCGCCUCAGAUACCCGCACCCGAGUCCAAGCAACUUAUAUUGUAAUCCCAGCUUCAUCAUUUUUGGGCGAUGAAGGCAUUCGUGUGAAUAUAAAGUUACCUUUCUCCAAAAAAAAAAAAAAAAAAGAGACACCUAGCCUUUUGGGAAUGAUUUGGAGUUGAUAAACCUUCAAAACAUCUGUUGUUUCUUUCUGACCAUACACACCAGCAGAUACUAGUAGGUAUCAUCUUCUAGAUUGGUUUGAUGGCCUUACCAACUCUCCAAUUGCACCUACAUUCAAAGGCCUCUUUGGUGCUAUAUGGCAUUACCCAAUUAGGCUCCAUUUGUUUUUUUUUAAGAUUCAGACGUCUGAAUCUGAAUGCACAUCUGAAUGAUUAAGGCGUUGUCUUUAGAUCUGAAAA